GUUUGCAAUUUAACGAAUAUUUUACUCACUCCCUUUCAAUUUUAAAACCACAGCUUGUAAUUACUCUUGCAUUUCAUUUAUUUCUACUGUUCAAUUUGUAUACACCAACACCAGUUUCACUCUACACGCCAACGAAACAACGAGGGAAUAAAUAUGGCCAAACGAGGUGGCGACGUUAGCCUCAGCCUGGAGUCGUCCGAAAGGAAGCGUUUGCGAAACGCUGUGUCUAUGCCUCUGAUGCCGUGGGCCGCAACGCAUACUACUGAAGACGCGCGCUGUGCCGAUCUGAUCUCCAACCUGCUACAGCGCGCUCGCAGCGGAUCCCUGUCGCAACGCACGGACACCGCAGCACAACUGGUGCAGAGCCUCAGGCAACUACAGUCAUUCGGAACCGAUGCUGCACAAAUGGCGUUUAACGGGGUUUAUGGCAGCGUGUUGGAGUGUGUUAGCCAACUCAUUGGACAGCUCAAACAGGCCGAUCUCGACAGCAGCUGCGGUGGUAUUGGAAGUAGCGACGAGGAACCGAUGCUGGCAUCAUUUGCCAGCGUGUAUCAGCACCUGGUGGAGCUGAUCGCUAGGCACUCCGAGUAUUUACGCAGCCACAGUGACGCCGCUACUGGCGACUUGCAUGAACAGACAGCCCGGGGGCUCGCCCUGGUGGCCUUGCCACUGGCAACAGAAUUUUUAGCCGCAAGCGCAGCUUUGACAGCAGAAUCCUCGAACACAAUGGUUACAGCAGCACCAAGUAUUCUGGGCGUUUCUGCUGGCCCACGGAUGCGCGCAAUAUCUCGGCGCAAUGCAACAGCAUCACUAAUUGCCACAGUAUUGUUAGACAACGCGUACUCAGAUGACUGCAUUUUGUGGACGACAUCUUCAUUCUCAUGGUGCCUAUCUCAGACCUCAGAUACCGCGCUGCGCCUGGUUGCGUGGUCGUUGUUUCCGCUUUUUUGUCUGCGCACUGGUUUUGGCGGCGUGGACGGAUUCUCGGCUGUUGCUGGUGGGUCGCGUGUCACUGUGGGCGACCCGGAUGAGCUUCUUGAAGUGGUUGGUAAUUCGAUCGGGUACGUAGCCUGCGCGCGAUCCGGCUGCCUGCAUUUGCGGUCCGCCGCUGUAUCUGCAUGCUUGAAAUGGGGUAUGGGAGAAGGUCCCGUGCCUGUGGUCAGCUAUACCAGCGGCAUGGCCUCAAUAUACGGAUGCUCCGCGUGCGACCUGCAAUAUGGAAGCGAUAUACCGCAAGCAGCAGAUAAGAGGCCGCACAGGGCCGUGUCGCUUAGCAGCUGGGUUCCGUAUUGGUUUAUUGCGUCCGGAAAUCUGCGCGAGGACACAUCGGUGCAGUUCGUGCGCGGGGUGUCGCGGUUCGUUCGUCACGCUGCAGCCGAGGACAUCGGUUUGCAUGCGUCGCCGCUGGGCCGCGGUAUAAUACGCCGGCUGUCGAGUAAUGACCGUGAAAUGAGGCUGGCAGCCGUGGACGCAAUCCUGGCGUACUCGUGCGCUCACCCGGGCGACUCAGAGCAAAUAUCCCAGAUAAAGCGCGCCAACCGCAUGGAGACUGUGGGCACGCUGCGUGGCCUGGUGCGGGGGCUCCACAGCCCCAGCAUUGUUGAAGAGACCCUGGAGCUGGCUGCUGGAGGGCUGGGCUGCGCCUGCCAGCUCUAUGACGACGCCCUGGGCGAGGUCAUGUCGUUUCUGAUGGGCUACUACUGCGGCGACAACGUAUUUCUACGGGCUGUGGCGAUGGAACAGGUGCUGCGGGUUGCCAAGAAGCAAAUAAUCUCACCCGCCCGGCUGCUAGCUCUUCAUGCCAGGAGCAUCACGUGCACGCUGGCCAAUAUCUUGGACCAGCAGUCGCCGCGGCCCUUUGUGCACUGCAUGAGCAUUCUGAAGACCACGCCGCAGCAGUUCUUAUCUGCACACCAGGAUAUCGUGGUGCCGCACCUUGUGGCCACAGGCAAUGAAAGGGCACUGAGAAACGUUGCUGAUAUUUUAGAGAUUCGGCUGCCCGUACUGUGCGUCAACCAGGCGCCGGCCGUCUUUGUCAAGAUAUUUCUCAUGGACGACCAGCUUAUGCACCAGGCUCUGCUGCGCUUUGUCCGGCUCAUUUCGGCUGGGUCUGACAGCGACGGCAAGCAGGACGAGGUGGAGGUGAACAUCCCGAGCCUGCUGCGUUCGUGUUCAGUCAAGCUGAUUUUCAAUCUCGUUCUGUCUCUGGGCGAGGAGGACAACGUGCUCCGAAAGCGGGCCCGGAGCGCACUACUGACUGUCCAAAGCAUUCUCGGCAGCUCAGCAUCAGACGAACAACAAGGCGUGACAACCAUUGUGCAACGGAGCGUUAGUAACUUGAAAGACGUGUCAACUACGGAAAGCCCCAAGUCUGGAAAACAAGCGGGGCAAUCGGCUGCGAGCGCAGAGCUGGCCGCCUUUCUGUCCCAGCAUAUUCUUGGCGUCAUGGCGUAUGUGAACGAGCUUUUGCGUGAUUCGGAUGGCUGCACCAGUGAUGCUGCGCGCCAAGGCCCGCGCGCCAAGCACAAGGCGUUGCGCGCAAUCGGCGAGCUGGUCACUUUGCUCGGAUCGCGGUCGACCCCACACACAAACAACAUUGUUGCGUCACUCACGCCAUCGCUGCAAGGGCCUCUGUGCGCACCAGCGUUUCACUCGUGGGUGGUUCUAGCCAAGAACCUGUCCAAGGUGUCGCUGUCCGUGGAUCAAGUCAAUGCGCUCUUGGUUCCCCUGAUAACAGCAUUUCUUGCUAGUAGCGACGCCGAAGUGCGGAGCGGCGCUGCGAGCGCCAUCAACUCUGUUGUUGCACGGCACCAACAUAAUAUCAAUACGCAUAUUGAGAGGGUGUGCCCGAUUCCUGACGACCCGCUGCUGACCAGCGCGCGGGCCAUCUUGCAGGGCUUCUUUUCGGGCGCAGCCCUUCGCGAGAGACUGUCUAGUCUGACGCAGAUGCUCAAAACCAAGGACUCAACAAUAGUCUUGUGCGCUUCCCGAGAGCUGUGCACCAUGCUCCAACAACACGAUGAGCAGGUUAUUGCGUGGAAGCAGAUGUUUGUCCAAAAGGGCAGCUCCCCCAAUUCCCACAGGGACAACAGUAACGGCAGCCGGUUCAGGGAUCGCAGCAACGUUGCCGCAGACGUUAGACUCCUCAAUAGCGUCAUAGAGACACUCAGAGCUGCGUGCAGCCAUUCCAACACUGCGCAUCGGCUUGGAGAACUGGCCUCCGCCAGCUGUGCGGCUUGCCUGGCGGUUAUCGGGGUCGUCGACAGUCGCGCGCUGGAAAACAAGUCGCACUCGGACGGCUCCGACAUGGCCAGGCCAGCAGUGAGUGUGGGCCACAACCAGCCGGCGCUGUACAAUCUGCACGAUAAGGACGAGCAGGUUGAAUUCGUGUGUACGUUGAUUGUCGACUACCUGGCACACGCAUUUGCCAUGGCGCCAUCCCCCAGCGUGCAGACAUGUGCGGCGUACAGCAUUCAGGAGCUACUGAGAUUUGUCGGAUUCACCAAGGAGCUCAUAUUCAAUGACACUGACAACGGAUCCGCCGACAACGAGUUAUUGACGGCAGAAAAUGCCCGGAAGAAGCGCGAGACUGCCAAGCGGACAUUGCGGGACAGGGCGCAUGCCGAGCAGCUGAAGCAGCGCUGGGACGUACUCCCAUCCAAUGUCGUUGAGGUUAUCAAGCCUCUUUUAAAUUCAAAGUACACGAUUCAGUCGUCCGGCCGGAAAACCGCAGAGUUUGACCGCAGUGCCAGAGUGCCAUGCAUUGCGCGGUCUGCCAACCAUAUUGCGUGGCUGCGCUCCUGGAUGGUUGAUAUCACCAAUGCGCUACCUGACUUGAGCCCCGCCGCGCGCAUGUUCAAGGUAUGCACGAGUGCGAUGAAGGAGAGCUCGGCAGACAUGCUGCUGUUCCUUCUACCGCAAAUCGCGUACCAGUACUGCUUGUACACGAGCAGUAAAGCCACGGGGGCAGGAAGGUCAGCGGACAAGGAAAAGCCCAUUGUUAUCGAGGACGAUGAAGACGACGAAGACACCAUGGACGUCGAUUCCAAGGACUCUGUGCUAGGCUACAUCAUUGUUGACGAAAUCAAGGCGGUUUUCUCGCUCGAUUCCUCAUCGAUAUCUUUGCCCGGAGACCAGUGGCGGCUAUGCAAGGAGGUUGGUCUGGACUUGCUGGACACGUUCGCUAGCCAUGUGCGCGUAAUGCAGAUGGCCCGUGUCAAAGACAAGCGCAGCACUCGAAAGGACUCGCGGUUGGUGAAUAUGACCGCCGAGGAGCGUGCCCUUUUGGCUCUAGUAAGCUCGGUAUCACACGAGACCAUCGCACGGGUCGCCAUGUCCUGCCACCAGUACGAGCGCGCCAUGCUGCACACCGAGCUGGCCCUGCGCGAGAACUCUCUUGGCAAGUUCAGUACGUUGUUUGGCAACGUUGACGACUCGGUCAUGGCGACGGUCCAAGAGUUGUACUUUGGCAUGGGCGACGUGGACGGCGUAAUUGGCGUCUCGCUUUGUCGCAAGCAGACUGACUAUAAGCUGGAUAUCCGCAAGUACGAAAUCGAGGGCAAUUGGUCGCAUGCGCUUAUCGGCCACGAGUCGCUGCUUCGCGCACAGCCCGAAAAUGAGGAUUACCAGAGGAGCUGGAUCAGCUGCUUGCAGAACAUGGGCCAGUGGGAGGGCGCGUGGUCGACGUCUAGGGAGCUUUUCCGCCCGAGUCCCCGAAACGAGGACGAACAGCAGCUUAACUCGGCCUGCUUCGCGGCUGCUUGGCGCCUGGGCAAAUGGGACUGGGUCGAGGACACUGUGCAAAGUGGCACCAUAGGCGAGUCAUCAGGCUCGCACCAGCCGCUUCCCGAAUUCAACGCCCUCAACAGCGCUAUGCUUCUGCGCCUGAGUCGCGAGCAAAGGUCCGGCGCUACGUGCAAUUUGAAAUUGCCGCUGCCACUGCGGGCGUUUGUGCUGGGCCAGGACAAUGGGAGGGGCAUUCUGCGUGGCCCAUUUGCCAAGCUGGCCAACCUGGCGCUGGCUUCUAUCGGGCAUGGCGUCGCCCACACUGCAGCGCUGCGCUCAUCGGUGCUCGGCAGCUCGCAGGUCGCCACGUCGGCCAGCAAGGCGCCGAGCGAGGUGUACGCACAUAUGCUCGGCGAUAUUGCAAUAAUGACUAGCCAUCUGGGGGGCAUGGAUAGCUACAACUGCGACUGCGAAGAGUACUCAGAGAAGCUGGGCGACCUGUUUGAACAGUGGCGGAGGCGUGUGCUGUGCCUGCCCGAGGCAUAUUCGGUGCAGGAGCCCAUUUUGAUGCUGCAUUCGCGGCUCUACGACAUACUGCUGAGCCGCAUGGAGGCUGGUGGCAACCAUGGGCAUUGUUUGCGCUCUGGUGGAACCAGCGGCUGCGCGUGCGCGGAGAUGACGAUGCGCCAAAAAGUGUGCACGAAUCUGCAGGCAGCGCAGCUAGCGCGGAUGGCCGGAUUCCGUGCUACAUCGAUGGGGAUUUUGGUGCAUGCCGAUCUGACAUGCUCCGCCACGCCGGCGCUCCGGGCGCUGAUCCAGACUGAGCACGCGCGGAUCCUUUGGGACGAGGGGCACACGGCGGACGCCAUGUCAUCCCUCAUUCACGUCACCAACAGCUUGAAUGAGCAGCUCAAGCUGCCGAGCCUUACGGCGUCUAUCUUAGACACUCCCACUGUCAGGAGCACGAUUCCGCUGUCGUCUGGCCCAACUAGAAAGAAAGAGGGCGAGCUGUUGACCGAUGUCGAGAAUGCGUUUGUCAAGGCAAUGAUGCCGCUACUCAGUUGGCAGACGGCGACCAACUCGGCCCCGCCGUCGGUCCUGGUGGGCCGCUACGAGCAGAUAAUCAAUAUCCACGAUAGCGCCAAGGCGUUCUACGCGAUGGGCCGUCUGAAUGACGUGCUGUUUUCUGCGAUGGACAGUAGGAUGAUGACGCGGGUGUUGAAGGAGAAAGAGACAGAGAACCACGAGAAGAAGCGACUGAUGCUGCAGCUGUGCCUGCUUCGCUACUAUUGUCGCUCGAUCCUGUGUAGCUCGCGUUUCUUGUUCCAGGCGCUCCCACGGCUGCUGACUGUCUGGUUCGAGUUUAGCAACACAUCGGGCCCCAUUCCCGAAAAGCCCGACCCCAAGCGGAUGACUGCAGGCGUCAUCGCCAAGCAGAUCGACUCGCUAAUCACUAAUAUGACGAACCGACUGCCCACACACAACUUCUUGAUUGUUCUAUCACAACUGGUCUCGCGGAUCUGCCACGACAACAUGGACGUGUUCAAGCACCUACAGAGGAUUAUCCUUCAGCUGCUAGAGAUGUUCCCACAGCAAACGCUGUGGCAGCUGAUGGGCGUUCAGCGGUCGACGUUCGCGGUGCGCGCGCAGCGCUGCCACAUGAUUUUGGAAAUGGCAAAGACCAUUCCCGGUCCCAUGGACAUGGCGGGCGGCGGGCGCGCUCCUCACAAGGUCGGCACGCUGAUUGAGCAGGCGUCCAAGCUGACCGACCUGCUGCUUAACUUGUCCAAUGCCACACCGACGCCACAAAGCUCGCUGGUCAUGCAGAUGUCCAAGGACUUUCCGAUGUUGGCCAAGUAUACGUCGCUCGACAUUAUUAUCCCCCUGCAGCAAAGCAUGGUGCCGACCCUAGACGAUGUGACAAGAAACCCCGAAUUUGAGUUGGCACUUUCUUCGGUUGUUGCCGGGGAGCCGCACUCCCAGAGGAAUGGUUCUGCACUUUCUGGCUCGCAGCACACCAUGAUACACCAGCCGUUCUCAGGUGAUCUGCCAACCAUUAGUAGCUUUGCGAACGAAAUCGAAGUUAUGCUGUCGCUCCAGAGGCCCAAGAAAAUCACUAUAAUCGGCAGCAAUGGCAAGAGGUACAGCUUUUUGUGCAAGCCCAAGGACGACCUUCGCAAGGACUCGCGGCUAAUGGAGUUCAACUCGAUGAUUAACAAGCUUUUGAGUGCUGGCACAGAGACGCACAAGCGUGGGCUCCAUAUUCGCACAUACGCUGUAGUCCCGCUGAACGAGGAGUGUGGGCUGAUUCAGUGGAUCUCUCCGACCAUCGGUAUUCGUCAAAUUCUGAGCAAGCUGUACAAGGCUCACAAUGUGGUCGUGGGUACUGAGCGUAUCAAGGAGAUUCUGCGCACCCCUAGUACCACGUCUCCGUUUGCAGAGACAUUCACCAAAAAGCUGCUGCCGCUGUUCCCAUCGGUCAUGCAUGAGUGGUACUUGCAAUCAUUCCCCAACCCACUCUGCUGGCUGGCCAGCCGAACCAACUUUACUCGGAGCGCGGCUGUCAUGUCCAUGGUCGGGUACAUCCUUGGUUUGGGUGACCGUCAUUGCGAGAAUAUUUUGAUUGACGAGAGCACUGGCGGUGUAGUGCAUGUCGAUUUUAACUGCUUGUUCGAAAAGGGACUGAAGCUUGACAAGCCCGAGAGGGUGCCCUUCCGUUUGACUCACAACAUGGUCGAUGCGAUGGGGGUCACUGGCUACGAGGGCAUGUUCAGAAAGACGUGCGAGAUGACGCUAAGUCUGCUGCGCGAGAACCGAGACUCACUGAUGUCUGUGCUCGAGGCCUUUCUUCACGACCCGCUAGUUGAGUGGAGCAAACCUGUGACCCGGGCAAGCCGCACAGUGGCUGCCAACAAGGAGAGCGGCCUUCAGCAACCCAAUGCGGAGGCCACAAGAAGCCUGGCUAUAAUUAGCCGCAAGCUGCAGGGCACUCACCAGUCUAUGACCCCACUCUCUGUUGAGGGCCAUGUCGAUGCACUCAUCCGUGAGGCUACAAGCCCCGAGCGCCUUUUCCAGAUGUAUAUUGGAUGGUCGGCAUACACCUAGACUGACGUGUGUCUUGUGUGAGUCCUGGUUGCGGUGGCAUUUGCUUUUGCUCUUAUUUUUCAAUUAAAAUAUCUAUAAUGUAAAAAAAUUGGCAUUUACAAAGCGUUAUUUCGCUUUGUAUAAUCCAUUUAUGAUAUCU